ACAGACUUCCAGAGCUGCAAGUUGCACCUCUAGGCCUCCGGAUGAUGAUGAUUUUCUGGUUUUUCGACCCGCGUUCCCGACUCUGCUGGCCGAUGCUGCCACUGGGAUAUCCAGACUUGCCGGGAUUCCCUCACCAAACGGAUAUUCCACCUACUACCGGCAAAACCUAGGCGACGGCAUCAAUGGACGGGAGUUAAACGACGUAUGAUGUUAUGCGAUUUUAUGUUUUUUCUCACCUCAAGGCAGAGUGUGAGGCGUGCAUGAUACCAGAAGGCCUGGGAUUCCGAUGCACUGGGAACGGAGCGGGUGACGUCGAUUCGGUAUUUCUCUUCGCUAUGGAUGAUUCCUCUCCUUGCUGUCCGGACCCCUGGCAGAACCGUCCCAUCCUCAUGGAUUUGCUGGCCCUGGACUUUCUCCACCUGAUGGCCGGUUGGCUUCUGUUCACAGCUUCUGGAUCUCAAUCAGCCUAUCUUCUCCCAACGACAGCCCGACGCCGAGGCCGGACAGCUAAGGUGAGUGAACAUCCAGCGAACUUGUACAUAUCAACAUGCACCCCUCCUCGGAUCACAAUGUGCUACACCAUUCUCUCAUCGCGGGCAUCUCAGGUGACGAAAAGUGAGUUGAAGUCGACUAACACAAAACAGGCUGGGUGGACUUGGACCCUGGAGUCGGAAGACCAAAUGAUGGAGUCUUGCUGCCCUUGGACGGUUCAUACCACUUUCUCUUCUGGCUUCUGGAUUUCACCUGGACUCAGUACCGUUACUGGUUUCUGCCUGGACUGCGACCCAUGGACUACUCUAACCAUUGCCCCGGGAACGGACUCAGCUCCAAGAAAGUGGCACAAUCUUGCCUUUCGGAACCGAACAGGCAUGGGCACUGUUUCUGUUAUCCCCUCUUUGAAAAAAGAGUGGGGGGCUUCUUCAGAGUUGCCUUCCCCGCCCUUGGACUCAUUUAUCUCCUUUGCUGGUCAUACCCACAGGGGUGAUGCUUCAAACAGCAAGGACUGAUACAGAUGGUAAGGUGGAGCGUCAGGUGCUCCUCCGUUCCGCCGGGUCACUUUUUCGGACAUCCUCGUUUGCUCUCGUCUGCAUUUUGACUCUGGAUCUGUCCUUUGCUUCCCUGAAAGCCGUGGAUCGCUCUGGCGCUCAAGAACGCUCAUCACAACUGAUUUCCGAUUUCCACGUCCAUGCCAGCAAUCUGGGUAACACCAUCUUGUUGCAUGGGCGCACUCGUUGUCUGGAACACAUCCAGUGCAUGAACCAUCCGGCAACCUAAGGCAGGUAUUCACGCUCACCCAACUGAGACCACUGGAAUCAUCCGUGAUAGGACUCUGGAUACCCGGAAAUGGCC